AUGCACAUAUCCUCGCCUACGUUAAGAAGACUGCGGGAUAGCCUAUCAAAUCGGCAAAGAAAGAUAAUCCCAGAACCUCUCUUAAGCCGACAUUAUUCCCAACCUCCUCUGUCUAACAUCGUCGGAAACCCCCAAGACUUUUUCCGAUAUACUAGUGGACGAUGGCUCUGGGACGAAAAGCAGCAACUACAAGAGAGAUACCGAGAAUUCAACAUUCUUGAGCUGCAGAAAAUUGCCAUUCAAGCCUCAUCUUCUGAGCGCUGUCUCAGUAUGGCAAAAAUAGGGAAAGGAUCGUACAAUAAAUCAGUCAAGCUCAUCAUGGACAAUAGGAAGACGGUUAUCGCUCGGAUACCAAAUCCGAAUGCUGGACCAACAAUUUUGACGACGGCUUCUGAGGUUGCUACGAUGGAUCUUAAAGACACACUUCCUGGAUCUCAACCUGCAAUAGUUGAAGGAGACAACUACCCACUAGAAGUCAGGCAGAAGAUCGCUGAGAGGUUUUCCAUCGGCCCGGUUGUUGAUACAGCCUUCUGGAGCAAUGAGCGAGGAAAUAUGAAUAUUGAUCGUGGACCAUGGACUUCUGCAAUCGACUACAUACGUGCUCUCGCCGAUCGAGUAAUAUCCUGGAUCAAGGAACACGCAAUGCCACGCUCACCAGAUGAUCCGCUAUUCAGUUCCUACAGCCAAAACGAUCCUGCUGAACACAUCUCCCUUCUCCAAAAAUACCUAACCGUCACUCCUCACCUAAUCCCACAGGAUAAAGACAUCCUAGGGUCAUUCUUAUGGCACACCGACCUCCGCACUCCUAACAUAUUCGUCGACAACAGCGGCCACAUCACAAGCAUAAUAGACUGGCAAAGCACAUGGGCUGGUCCAUUGUUCCUCGAAGGCCGCCAUCCGCAUUUCCUCGACUACACCGGAGACUUGCUACUCAAACCACCUAAGGGAUAA